AAUCUGAAGCGUGGGCGAGCUACAAUGCCGCCUCACAGUACUGCUAACAUGUCGCGGGGACUACACAAAAAUCCGAGCUUUGGAGAUUUUCUUUUGAUUUGGAUUAAUUGGUAGGUCAAGCCCUCUCCUCGCCCACUAACCGAGAUCAGAUCUAGGGUUUCGAAAGUCCACUCCCACUUGGAAUUUCUCUCCGAUUUUCGUGUCCCAUUUCGUUGACUACUCGUUGCCACCAACGUGGAUGAUGAUCCUUCUCUUAAUUACAGCUCUUUAUAAGCUGUCCGUUUACGUGGCUCCAAUUUUGAUGGAGUAAGGCAUUUCUGCUUUGGAGAGUUGCGCUGAAUAGUUGAGGUUGGUUAGUGAAGAAUAGCGUCAAGAUGGGAGAUGGCGAGCGGUUCCAGCUGGGAACCGUGGGCGCGCUGAGCCUCUCGGUGGUAUCGUCCGUCUCCAUUGUGAUCUGUAACAAGGCGCUCAUCAGCUCGCUCGGCUUCACAUUUGCCACUACUUUGACGAGCUGGCAUCUCUUAGUCACAUUCUGUUCGCUUCAUGUGGCAUUAUGGAUGAAGUUUUUUGAACAUAAAUCGUUUGAUCAGAAGGUGGUUGUGGGAUUUGGAAUACUUAAUGGGAUCUCUAUUGGUUUGCUAAACCUAAGCUUGGGUUUCAAUUCAGUUGGCUUCUAUCAGAUGACAAAACUGGCAAUAAUUCCUUGCACUGUUUUGCUGGAGACUCUUUUCUUUAGGAAGACAUUCAGUAGGAGCAUUCAAUUGUCACUUGUUAUUCUCCUCUUGGGUGUUGGCAUUGCGACUGUGACAGAUUUGCAGCUCAAUGUUUUGGGGUCUGUUUUGUCUCUCCUAGCUGUCAUCACAACUUGCAUUGCCCAAAUUAUGACCAAUAACAUCCAGAAGAGGUUCAAGGUUACAUCGACACAACUUCUGUAUCAGUCUUGUCUCUACCAGGCAUUAACCCUGGUUACUACAGGUCCUUUUGUUGAUCGGUUACUCACAAAUCAAAAUGUUUUUGCUUUUAAAUACACCCCUCAGGUUCUGGUUUUUAUUGUUUUGUCCUGCCUUAUAUCAGUUUCAGUCAACUUCAGUACAUUCCUGGUAAUUGGAAAGACUUCACCUGUCACCUAUCAGGUCUUGGGCCAUCUAAAAACUUGCCUUGUCUUGGCCUUUGGCUAUGUCCUACUCCACGAUCCAUUUAGCUGGAGAAACAUUUUGGGGAUUUUGAUUGCAUUAAUUGGAAUGGUCUUAUAUUCCUACUACUGCCAUAUUCAAAACCAGCAAAAAUCUGUUGAACCACCUGCCCAGCUAUCACAGGCAAAAGAAAGCGAUCCUCUAAUCAAUUUAGAAGAUAGUGCUUCUACAAUUAACGCUGUGCCUUCAACUGCACCUGAAUGGAAAUCAAAUAAAGAUCUGGAAGCCUGACAUCAGACCAAAUUUCCUUGUUCGUCCAUGAGGUUUUCUGCUGUUUCUCAUCAACAAAUCUCAAUCUCGAGAAAAAUCUUCUUAAGCGCAGAGUUCAACGCAUAAGAGAAGAACAGAAAUACAAAACUAAGGAAUAACAGAACGGUCCAGUGAAGCACUGGCUCACAUACCAGCCGGCUCUGUUAUCAGUUAAAAAAAACAAAAGAACUUGAGGUCUAUUAGGAGAAUCCCUUUGCUAAGAUGUAUGAUUUGAAUUGAAUGAUGUAAAUUGAUUGUAAUUCUGAAUCUUCAUGGCCUACCAGGGAGAGAAAGGUACGUUCAAAGCAUCUUCUUCAAUUUCAAUUCUGUUUCAUAGAACAAGCACAGUGCUCUCUUACUUUCUACUCUGCUACUGAUUCAUAGUAGGUAAAAAAUGUAGAAUAUAAAUUUACACGGUUUUAUUG